AUGACCGGCUCCUGCCUGAGUUGGUCAGAGGAGAAGGAAACGACGUCGUUGUUGUGUAGGCGUGGGUGUGGGUUUGGCGGGUACCCCCGAUUCGCCGAUGUUCCUUUUCACUUGGAUUUCAAUCUUGUUUAUCCAGAUGCUGAUCAAAUUCCUUACAUUGAGUCUGGUGAUUAUGUGGCCUACAAUAAUGAGAAGGGUGGAGUCAUUGAGAGAAUUAAAAAAGAUGGAAUUAUUGAUUUGGAUAAUGAGCUCUACUCAGUUCUAGAUUGGAUAUCUACAAAGGCGAUGCUCACUUCAUGGCUUGCUGAUGCAUUUAAGUCAAGUAUGAACUCUGGGUGGGAAGUGAUGGUAGUUCUGCUCAAAAGAUACAUUGUUUCGAUCUCCCAUUGCCAAUAG